AUGAAUCCUCUGUUGUUGGUUGAAGCAAAGUCUGAAUUGGUUCUAAUAUAUUAUCGACCAACUUCCAACCCCAAUCUGUUGGGUUUAGUUGAUAACCAAGCCACACUUGAACUUGGUAGUAUACCCGAAGAAGAUGUUGAUGAGCAGAGACUGAGGUUGGAGGAAGACAAGCUAAUUUUAGUCGCAAAGUCGUCGGUUCGUCGCUCGUCGUCCGUCGUCGUCGUCGCUGUCGUUCUUGUUAACAAAUUUAAACUGGAGAGAAAAAUCGCAACAAAUCUUAGUUUGUCCGAUGAGGAAUUUGUUUAUAAUGUGAAUUGUGAUAUUGAGGAAUUUUUGCUAAAGCCACGCCGAAAUAAUAAUUGUGUUUUGUUAUUUCCACCGGUUAAUAACUACCGUCGUUUCCUCAUACAUCAAUCAUGUGAAAACUACCGUGAAAAUUUUAAUCUGUUUACAUUUUCUGUUGGACAAGGACCUCAUCGACGAACUGUUAUUUGCUUCAAGAGUCAACUUUUGGAUCCUAUAAAAUUUACAGCCGCAUCAAACUUUGAAACUAAAAAACCGGCUCGGAUCAAAAGUUGGCGAAGUGGGGGUGAAAAAAUUGAGUGUUCAACAACACCGUCAUUUUGGUCCUUACCACCACCAGCAUCAGCAUCUAGUGUACCAACUACGAAAACAACGAAACGCGACAUCGUCUCUGUCUCUGCAACAACCACAUUCAAUAACAGCAACAGUCACACCAACAGCAUCAGCAUGGGAGUUGAAAAGCAUCUGGAUUCAUCUUCUUCCGCAUCAGCACGAUUAAACAAGUCACAUUCAGUUGAUAUCUAUCGCCCACCGGCAUUGCGUCGGAAUUACGAAUCAAUUGACAACGAAAACCAUUACCUUCCGCAACAACAACAGCAGAAUCCAAGAGAAGAACAAUCGCAACAUCAAAAACAACAACAGCAGCAACAACCACUCCAGCCAAACGAUAAAAAUUGCAUUUCGGCCAAUUCUUUGCCAACAGCAGCUACACAAAUUGCCGUUCAAAAUGGUUGUAAUGGCAUAGAUACAGAAACAACGACUUCAACAACAGCAUGCAGCAAUCAAAGACAAGUAAGAAGAGAGAGGCGCCCAGAUAGAGCCGUAUAUGUUCCAAGGGCACGACGCAGUCAAACAACUCCCCCAGCCGUCACAACUCAGCAACAGCAACAACAACAACCACCACACCAAGAAGCAUUACCAGUGACUGAAAGCAAUAACCAGCUGACUUCAUCGACAUCAACAUCACCGUCGUCAUUAUUGUUAAGCGGUGGUGGCAGUGGCAGUAGCACAACUUCUACGACAACUACCAACGCUACAGCGCGUACCUGUAAAAGUCCAACUGGUGAAAAAUCUUCAGGCAGUAGUAGUACUAGUCGCAGAUCGAAUAAGGAUCGUGUGAGUAGCGGUCGCACCAAGGAAAAGUCUUCCUCAUCGUCAUCGAAACAAAUCUCAUCAACCACCGAUGACACCAACGAUCGAGAUCGAAACAAUUCUUACAAAAUAAAAAAUUCCAGUAAUAACAAUAAUUAUCACAAUUCUGAAGAGCAGUGUAAUUUUUUGCCACCGUCGUCGUCGUCAUUAACGGUUCGUGACCAGAGGAAGCGACAUCAAAAUCGAUUAGAUAAGUCAACACCAGUGAUUGUUUCUGGCUGUGGAAGCAGUUUCAAUUCAAAUUCAAACGAGUUAUCCAACUGCAACGAUAAAAAUGCAUUACUAGUUAAGGACUGUGAUAUUUCAAAUAAUCCAAAAGAAUUUUCCGAUAGUACAAAUAAUAAAAUGAUGAGUAAUUGCAAGAAAAGUGGUGUGAUUGUUAAUAACUCGGCCGCGAGUGAUAUUAAAAAAGUGCUAAAGAAAAUGAAUAAUAAAACAUCGGCGCAGGUGCAGCUACCUGUAGUGGUACCUGAAAAUUUGGCUAAUCUACGAAUAGAGGAUGCUUUAUUGGGUAAUGGAGAGAGAUCUUCAAAUAAAUGCGAUCGUGAUGCCGAAGAAUUGCUAAGAGCCUCAAAGGAAAUAAAUCGUAGUAACCGGCGUAUAAUAAAACAAACUUUUAAUUCGGAUGUUCUUGAAAUUCCUGACAAAGCCGUAUUAAAACCCAGUGUUGGACAUGGCAGACGAUUUCCAAAAGACGAUUGCAAAAAUGUAAGUGCAAUAACAAGUGGAAGUGAUGACAAUGAAGAAGACGACUGGGAUUCUCUGUACGACGAUAGUGGUGAUUGUCUUGAUCCGAAAAUAAUCCAAGAACUAACUGCGUCUGUGGGUAAAGUUAAGAUCGAGUUGCCGAAAAUGGACUAUUCGGCUUAUCUUUCGAAACAAUCGAUUCUCAACGAUGAGGAGUUUCCUCAUGUAUUGGAGGUCUCUAACUUUCCAAUGGAAUUCAAAAACCAGGAUUUACUUAUGGUCUUUUCACAAUACAAAGAAUCAGGAUUCGAAAUUAAAUGGGUCGAUGAUACUCAUGCUUUGGCUGUGUUUAGUAGCUCUCAAGUUGCUGCUGAAGUCUUAGCAAUGGGACAUCCAUUUGUGGUUCUGAAACCAUUGGCAGAAGCAACGGUUGAAUCUCGCCUAAAGGCCAAGAAAUGCUCUGCAUCAUUGCAGCCUUAUAAGCCCCGACCUGAAACGUGUGCGGCUCUUGCUCGCCGCCUUGUAACUGGAGCAUUGGGUGUUCGCUUAAAAACUGCCCCUCAAGAGAGAGAAAACGAAAAACGAGUACUUCGCGAAGCCAAAGAACGCAAGCUGUUAGCUGCCAAACAGCGUGAUGAAGCAUGGGAAAGCUAAAAGUAAAUUUACAAGUAUGCAUCAUCAGCAUCAAGCAGCCAUUCUUCCUUAAAGGACAUGUUUUAAAAUUUGUGUUUUACAUUGGAUUAUUGUGUUUUGUUAGAGUUUAAGAAAAAAUAUUUUAAUUGCAUAUAAUAUGAGACUCAAAGAGUGCAAUAGUGGCAUCAUCCUUUACGUUUAUUGGUUUAUAUAAUAUUUAAAUAUUUAAUUUAAGUAAUUAUUGGAAACAGAAACAAAAAUACUAGCAAAAAAAGAAUGUAAAUCCAAACACUUUUAAAAUUAUAUAUAUAAUGCAAUAUUUUAUAUCAAUUGUGCGAAUAAGAUAUUGAUUAAUCAUAUACAGAGAGAAACAAAAAAGAAAUAUUAUAUACAUAUACAUUGAUGAAUAUUUUUAAUAAAGUGUAUUUAUUUAGAUAA